CCCUGCGCUCGGGACCAGCUGCAGCCGCCCGGGCUCGGGACGCCCCUCCGCAAGCCAGGCUGAGCGCCGGGCUGGGGCGCGGGGGCGCGGGCGGGGCCGGCGCUGCCAAUCACGGCGCGGCGCACGUGCGGCACGUCUGCGCAUCCGGCCCCCGCCCGGCGCCGGCUCGGCUGGGGGUGCGAGGGGGCUGUGGGUGCGCUCUCGGGAGGCGCGUCUGGGUAGGAGAACCAUCCAAUAUAUAAGCCAGAGGACGGCAGCCCAGGAAUCAGAGCUGUCGGUGUGGACUUGACAGCGAUCAGAAAGGAAGAUGCGGCACCACCAACAAGGCCCACUCUGUGAUGGGGCUUCCUGGCUGCUCUUUAAUGUGAAGGGAAGUUAGAAAGGCGUGGGACCAACAUCCUCUGUACAGAGCGGCAUCUUCAUUCGCGGGUGUACUGGUUGGGUCCCGGAAAGGUUCGCGUUGCUGAAAGAAUGCUACAUAUAUAUAUAGUUUAUAAGGUGAGGCCGGUCUUGUGUUGCAAUCAUGGUGGACGUGAUGGAGUCGCCCAAGGCGCACAUCAACACCAGCACGCUAGCUCCGUUCAUCGACCAGCCCGUCUGCUUCGUAGGGAGGCUGGAGAAGAUUCAUCCCACUGGGAAAAUGUUUAUUCUUUCAGUUGGAGAAGGAAAAAAUGGAACUAUUGAGUUGGUGGAGCCUCUUGAUGAGGAAAUCUCUGGAAUCGUGGAAGUAGUUGGAAAAGUCACAGCUAAGGCAACCAUUAUGUGUGCAUCUUAUGUCCCGUUUAAAGAAGGUAACCAUCCUUUUGAUCUUGGACUUUACAAUGAAGCUGUGAAAAUUACCCAUGAGUUCCCUCAGUUUUUUCCUUUGGGGGUUGUGCAGUGUGGUUGAACUGGAUGAAUUUUUUAUGAUUGCCAAUGAGCUAUUUUGAAGACUGUUACAGGAGGCCCCUGAUAGUUGAAGGAGAGAUUCCUGUGAUUUUUAAUACUGAAUUUGUUCUCUUUUUAAUUUCACUUACCUAACUUUACUAGAUAUUCCAGUAUGCCGCUUUUGACAGAACUGGUUUAUUGACAGUUCUCACCCAAGUCCUCAUAAAGAGUCAUUUCUCUGGCAUAUGGUCAGAUUAGAUGCAAGAAGAAAGCAGUUGGCUGAAUUUAGUUUUCUGUUUUGUUAA